AUGAAGUUUGGGAAAUAUCUUGCUUCUCGUCAACUAGAGUUACCUGAAUAUUCAGGCCAUUUUAUAGACUAUAAAGCUUUAAAGAAACUUAUCAAACAAUUGGCUAUUCCCACCACUUUCAUCAAUGAUAAUAGUCAUACAGGUACUGGUGCAGGUACUCCAAGACCAUUGACUCAACCUGAAAUCCAACAAACCUUAAAGGAAAACAAAGCUCAGUUCUUCUUUAGAGUUGAACGUGAAUUAGAUAAAGUGAAUUCAUUUUAUCUUGAAAAACAAGCUAAUUUGGCUAUAAAUCUUGAUUUACUUAUACUAAAGAAGAAUGAAUUAUUAAAUAAAACCAAUGAAUUCAUCAAAUUACAACAAAAUGAUUCUAAUUUAAUCAAUGCUAACUUUAGAAAUUCAAUUUCUUACCUUAAUUUAUAUCAAAAUUUUAAAAAAAUUCAUCAAGAUUUAUUAAGAUUACAACAAUUUAUUGAAUUAAAUGAAACUGGGUUCUCUAAAGUAGUUAAGAAAUGGGAUAAACGAUCUAAAUCUCAUACUAAAGAAUUAUUCAUUCUGACUGCUGUAAGUGUUCAACCUGUGUUUCAUAAGAAUGAAAUUAAUGAAUUAAGUGAUUUAGUAACUCAAUCAUUAUUUGAUUUAGAAUCGAUUAUGGAUGGAGAUUAUUCAUCCCUUAAGAAUUAUUCGUCUAUAACAUUUCAAAAUGUUCCAACUUCAAAUCCAACUCUUCCAAUCCAUCAACAACCUCCCUUAUCAUUAUCCAGAACAAAUUCAAAUUCAAAUAUAAAUAUGUCGGAAGAUAAUUUAUCAGAAAGACAUCAAUCAAUCAGUUCAUUACCAGGUCCAAACAAUUUCCAAAGUUCAAGAACUAUAUCUUAUUUACAAAAUAAUGAAAUCGAUGAAUUAUAUACUAGUUUUGUUAAUGUCGCCACUAUUAAAGAUCCUGAUUUAUCAUUAUUAGUAAGAUGGAUUGAUAAAGUAAAAUCAUCUUCAUCCACCAAUCCAUCUUCUUCAAAACAUAAAGAUUCCAUAAGUUCAAGUAUAGCAGCUGCCAGAUCUUCAAGUAUAUCAUCAGUUAAUUCUUCAAAUCCAAAUACCAGUAUCGAUACUAAUAAUGAUACUGUUAAACAACAAACUCCACCUCAAUUCAAUACCAUUGCCAAAUAUAAAUUAACUAAGAUUUUCUUACUUGCCGUUUCAAAUUUGAAGAUUUCUGAUAGUUUCUUAGAAUCAUUCUUAAAAUUAAUUGAUUAUCAAAUUGAUUUCAUCUUUGUUAAUGAUGAUUUUAAUAAUAAUAAGAGUAUUUUACAUGAAUGUUGUUCAAUCCCUCUUGCUUCAACUCAUGAAAGUCAUGUGGUAAUAAAUAAUGGAGUUAAAGUAGUUAAUUCUACUGAUUCCAUCAAUCAUUCUCGUACUUUUAUUAUCAAAUAUAUCAUGAAUAAUAUCUCCCCUGAACAAAGAGUUGGAUUAUUAAUUUGUAAAGAUUUUAAUGGAAGAACUUGUUUACAUUAUUUAUCUCAACAUAAUCGAUUAGAUUUAUUGGAUCUUAUCUUACCAUUUUUCCCACCUGAACAUAUUGAUGAUUUAGAUAUUGAUUCCAUGAGUCCAUUAUUAUUAGCUAUCAAACAUGGAUAUUCAACUGUAAUUAAGAAAUUAGUUCAAGCAGGAUCUAAUUGUUUCCCUACUAAUGAUGAAAAUAAACUACAAUAUUUACCUAUCAAUUAUGCUUGUAAAUAUGGUGAUUAUAAAAUUGUGGAAUACUUAUUAUCCAAUAACAGAUUAAAUGAUCCAAAUCUUAUUAAUCAACAAGAUGUGGAAGGUUUAUUACCCUUGCAUGUUAUUUCAAGAUCAGGUCAUUAUAAAUUAAUCAAAUUAUUAAUUCAAUAUGGAGCUGAAAUUAAUAAAAUUGAUGGGUUAAAUAAAUGGACUCCGAUUUUUUAUUCCGCUUCGGAAGGUCAUGUUAAAACAACUCAAGAAUUAGUUAAAUUAGGAGCGAAAUUGAAUAUUGUUGAUGAAGAUGGGUAUAUUGUGCUUUAUUAUUGUGUGGUUGAAGGUCAUAUUGACGUCUUGAAUGAAUUAUUAAAUCAUUAUUCAACUAUAUCAAAGAGUGAUGUUAGAAAUACAAAAAUUAAUAAUAUGAAUACUAUUGUGGGUGAAGAAAUCACUGCUACAAAGCAACAACAACAAGAAGAAGAAGCUCAACAACAACAACAAGAUCCUUCUGGUAUGUCCAUAUUGGUUGAAAAUGAUGAUGAUGAUUCUGAAGAUAGUGGUAGUGUUGAUAAAAAUAAUAAUAAUGUUGAUAGUAUCCCUGAUUUACAAUUACCACCUCCAAUUUUACCAUUAAGAAGAUAUGGACAUAAUUUCUUAGAACAAAAAGUGUUAAUUGAAUUAAUUUUCCCUCGGGAUGCUGAUUUUAUUAAUCUUUUUAAUUUAACUACUGAUUUAAAACCAGGAAGAAUCACUAUUACAUCCAAUAUAUCUGAUAUUGUUCCUCGUAAUAUUUUAUUACCCGUGGCGGAUGAUACGAAAACCAAUAAUAAUAAUUGUGUAUUCCAAACUGAUAUGGAAUCAUUACAAGAAUUUAGAAUUGAUUUUGAAGUAUUUCCAAAAUUCGGUACUCGAUUAAUUGCCAAGACUACCGCUUUAUCAUUCUGUAGAAUUGAUACAUCCUCCCCUGAAAUUAAUUCAAUUCAAUUACCAUUAUUUGAUUUAAGAUUAAGAAAUAUUGGAGAAUUGAAAUUUAAUUAUCAAGUGAUUUUCCCAUUCUCAGGUACGUUAUUAGAAACUUCUAAAUUCGAUACUUAUUGGAAAUCAUCAACUAGUUUUGUUAAAAAUAGACAAACUUUGAAAUUAAAUGCUGCGGGAGGUUUAUCUCCAAAUAAUUUCUUAUCACCUUCCAGUAUAAGUUCAUUAAUUGGUAAUAAUAAAGAUAAAGAAAAAGAUUUAAAUACCACUGGAGGAGGAAUCAUUGAUGGGGCUGUUACUUCUACUAACGAAUUAGUAUCAAGUUCAGCUGCUCCAUCAUCGAUUGUUACUGCCACAUCCUUAUCUGGAGAAUAUCUUCGCAUUAAGGUAUGUUUACUUAAUGAUGGUACGCCUGUGGUAUGUCCACAUUGGUCAAUUGCUAUUACGGAAAAUAUCGAUCUUUAUUUACCUAAUUUAUCAUUAGAACAAUUAAGUUCUAUCACUAAUGAUUUAUUUGAUUAUAGUAAAGUGAUUCAUGAUUUAUCUCGCAUGAAUAUUAAAGAUAUUGGAUUAAUUAAAAAAUUAUUAAGAAUUAUUUAUUUACCGUUGGAUAUUUUCCUUGAUGUUUUAAAUCUUGAAAUUAAUUUAAAUUUAGAAAUUAUCUUUCCAACAUUAUAUGAAUUAGCUCAUUUACCAUUCAUUGGGAAUAUUCAACUGAAUUUAGAUAAUUUUAUUAAUUUCACUUUAAAUGAUGUAUUCAAUCAUAUUAGAAGUUCUAAAUUAAAACAAUCAACUCCCGGAAGAUCAAUCAUAUUCUUAUCAUCCAAUUCCCUCAUAUGUAAGAUUUUAAAUUGGAAACAACCUAAUUUCCCCGUAUUUUUAAUCAUGAGUGGUAUAACUUUCAAUAGUCAACAACGGAAAUUCGAAUCUCGAUCCGCUAAUGGAUUAUUAGUAGAAGAUAUUCGGAAAAAUAAUAGUAUUGUUCAUGAUUUAUCACCUGAUGCUAAAGCAGCUGUCAAUAAAAAUACUGGUGAUAAAAUCAUCAGUAAUCAUCAAGAAAUAACCAUUAGAUCAAUAAAGGAAGCAGUUAAUUUCACCAUCAAUAAUAAUCUUAUUGGUCUUAUUACUUCAAUUCAUCUUUUGGAUUUAGUUCCUAAAUUAGUCCCUCUUAUAAGAUCAAGAGGGUUAGUACUUGUAGCUUCAAGUGAUACUAAUGAUGAUCAAGAAAAUAAUCAAGAAAUUCAAAAAGAAUUAGAUUCUUAUACUAGAGCUGAAAUUAAUGGAUUAAGAUUUGAUGAUGUAUUAAGUUUUAAAGAAGAUAUAACUAUGUAG